AGAGGAAACCUCUUUCUUCUCGUGGCGGGAAUCGGAGAUCGCAGACAAGUUUCUGUCGUCCUGCUGCGAAGAACGUUUCAACGACAAUCGUACCAGCGAGGGAUCGAAAGUGGCCGGAGGUCGUGCGCCAACGAAGAUCGUCUAUUAGUUUGAGAACAGCGAGGGGCGAGGAAACGGUUGAAAGAUGUCUUUCGAAGUUUAUAUACAUCCACCUAGGCCCGAAUUUAAAGCUUUGGCCGAAAAAGAACUCAGGGAGACCGAAGAAAACGUGAAGAAUGGUAUCGAGGCCCUAAGAAAGUUACUCCAAGAGGAGCCAAAUCUUUACUUCUCCACCGACGACGACUUCCUCAUAAUCUUCCUACGACCAUGUAAAUUCUAUCCGAAGAGCGCACUGGAGCUCAUGCGACGAGUCGCGGAAUUCAAGGAGAAGAACGCGGCCUUAUUGCAUAACCUGGUGCCGAGCGAUGAAAAAGAUGCAUUUUUGAAUUCUAACGUCGUAAAUGUCUUUACUCACAGAGAUCACAAGAAUCGUAGAAUACUGCUGGUGAAUUGCGGCAAACUUUGGGAUCCUUCCACAGUCUCGGCCGACCAGAUAUUCCGAUUCUUUUAUAUCAUCCAGGAGAUAGCCGUACAAGAACCAGAAACACAGAUAUGCGGCACUGUGGUGAUAAUGGACUUUGACGGACUAUCGAUGAAGCAAGUGAUGGGUCUAUCACCAUCCUUCAGCAUGAGACUCCUAACUUUCAUUCAGGACGCGAUGCCGUUGCGCCUGAAGGAGGUUCACAUCGUGAAACAACCGUUCCUCUUCAACAUGGUAUGGCAAAUGUUCAAGCCGUUCGUCAAGGAGAAGCUGAAGAAGCGUAUGUUCUUCCACGGUUCUAAGAUGUCCUCUCUUCACGCUCACAUUCCUCCGAGUCACCUGCCGAAAAAUUACGACGGCGAAAUGCCGGCGAUUGAUUAUACUAGUGCCGACUGGUACCCGACAUUAGUCACUUUCGAGCCUAAGAUUCAAGAAUGGAACACAUACGGAAUUCGUCAAAAGUAAGCCAAAUAUUGCACGUCGGUUAUGUCGGCGUCCUUGUCGUCGUGGAGUAUCACGUAGAGUAUAACGUUAAAUAUUAGUUUUCACAAUUUGCCGGGUUGCGUAUUUUGGACAUCAGAGAAAUACAUCAUUUACUAUAUAAUGAAAACAUAUAUAAUACAUUAUGCAUUUGCGUAUGUAAUAUAUGUUAUAUAUUAUAUGUAUAAUAUAUUUUUUAUAACUGAACAGUGAAUAAAUUGUAUAAUUUUUAUUCUCGCACGACCGCACGAAAUUUCAACGAUUGUAGAGAGAACGUCAGUUCAGCCACAAUAUUUAUUAUUCUCAAGUUAAAGAUGAAUGCAGCUUAUAGUGAAAAAAAUGAAUUUUUUGUUCACUCUUGACAUAAGAAUACCUAUAAAAGUGAGACUCACCUAAAAAAGGUGAUCAUUAUUAGUUGCUUGCAGAUUUAAGCAUCCACACCAAGUUUAUUAAAAUAUCAUUAAUAUGUAGGACAUAUCAAAUAAUUAGAAAAUAAUUUUUUUGAUUAUGAGCUGUAUUCACCAUGAGUUGUAUUUAUAUUUGGAAGAUAGAUAUUGUGGUCUAAACGUUAAUAUGGUAGCAGAGCAGUAUAAUGAACGAAAAUAUUUUAUUAGUUCACUUAUUAAUUGUGGCUUUAUGGAUGUAGUUUUUACUCGUCUAAGUUAUUUUUGACGUUCCUAAUGAUUAUACAAUAUAAAAAGAAUUAUUUAAUGGAAAUCAGGAGAAGGCACAAAAACGAACAAGUUAGAUCAUUAGCUGAACAGAUGAUCAAGUUUGCGAACGUUAAUUAAGAAGCAUGUUUGUAUCUUGAGCUAUCGAGCUAAUAUUUUGCAUUUGACAUAGCUUGCUACAAUUUUUGGCCCGAGACACAUUUUAGGCUCAAUAAGGCCAAAUUUUUUUCUUAUUUCUUUUUAACAUUAUUGGUGCGCCCUGUCGUCGCCGUAAAGUUUAUUAAAAAUGUCUUGUUUUAUUACUUGCAUACUUUUGUAUCUGAUAUAAAUAAAUAAGUAAAUAAAUAAUUAAUAAUUAA